GCAAAAGUCUUUCUGGGCCCGGCCGGUGCUGCCUAGUGACGCCCAGGCUUCCCCCGAAGAGGGUCUGCAGCCGCCCCCCACCCCGGGAAAAUCAGCUCUCCGAUACCCCUUGGUCCCGGCCGGCGGGUCCCCCACUGAGACAUGUCAAAUGCUGAUGAGCAGCAGGCACAGGCCCUGACCAAACCUGCUUUCACUGAGGCACAAGCCAGUGCACUCGUGGAAUCAGUGUUUGGGUUAAAAGUGUCCAAGAUCCGGCCGCUUCCUAGCUACGAUGACCAAAAUUUUCAUGUGUGCAUUUCAAGAGCCGAAGACACCCCGCAGGGUCCAACCGAUUAUGUCCUCAAAAUCAACAACACUGAGUCCAGCAAAACUCCAGACCUAAUCGAGGUACAGAGCCACAUCAUCAUGUUUCUGAGCGCUGCUGGAUUCCCCACUGCUGCGGUGCAUCGUACCAAGGGAGACAGCAUCACCUCACUCCUGUCCAUCGAUCAAGGCUCUGAAACCAAAAGCUACUUGGUGAGGCUGCUGACUUACCUCCCUGGAAGACCCAUCGCAGAGAUCCCCAUGAGCCCCCAGCUGUUAUAUGAAAUUGGAAAGCUGGCCGCCAGGUUGGAUCAGACCCUGGAGAAAUUCCAGCAUCCAAAGUUAAGUAGUCUCCAUCGGGAGAACUUCAUCUGGAAUCUGAGAAACGUUCCUCUUUUGGAGAAGUAUCUGCAUGCCUUGGGGCAGGAUCGAAAUCGAGAGAUUGUUGAGCACGUUAUCCAGUUGUUCAAGAAUGAAGUAACAGCCAAGUUAAAGCAGUUUCGAGAAUGUAUCAAUCACGGGGACCUUAAUGACCACAACAUCUUGGUAGAGCCCAGCAAGUCGGCUUCAGGAAAUGGACACCAAGUGUCCGGGGUUCUCGACUUUGAUGACAUGAGCUACGGCUACUAUGUGUUUGAGGUGGCUAUCACCAUUAUGUACAUGAUGAUUGAGAGUAAGGACCCUAUUCAAGUGGGAGGCCAUGUUCUGGCGGGGUUCGAGAGCAUCAUUCCGCUGACAGCUGUAGAGAGGAGUGCUUUGUACCUACUUGUGUGCAGUCGCUUUUGCCAGUCAUUGGUCAUGGCUGCGUAUUCUUGCCAGCUCCAGCCAGAGAACAGAGAAUACAUCAUGAUUACUGCAAAAACUGGGUGGAAGCACUUACAGCAACUGUAUGACAUGGGUCAAAAAGCGGUAGAAGAAAUCUGGUUCGAAACUGCCAAGUCUUACAAAUCUUAGGUUUCCAUGUGACUAGAUAAAAGUUCACAGGAACUGGUAAUUAAAAACUCAGUAGAGGGCUGGAGAGAUAGUACAGUGCUGGAAAGGUGGCUUGCCUUGCACACGGCCGGCCUGGGUUGGAUCUCUGAAACAUUAUAUGAUUCACUGAGCCCUUUGAGGGAGUGAUUCCUGAUUGCAGAGCCAGGAGUAGCUCCUGAGCAUCACUGGGUGUGGCCUAAAAACAAAACCCCAAUAGAACAAAAUCUUUAUUUUUUUGUUUGCUUUUCGGCUACUUCCAGGAAUACUCAGGGUUUACUCCUGGCUCUACACUCAGGAAUUACUCCUGGUGGUGCUCAGGGAACCAUAUGGGAUGCCAGGGAUUGACCCGGGUGCAAGGCAAGCACUUUCCCCUCUGGCUCCAGAAUAAAAUCUUAAUUUUAUGGAGAAUUUCCAUGCACAGCUAAAAUAUAAAUUGGUGGAAUGAAUCAGUGCUAUGUUCUUCAAUGUCAUGAUCACUUUCAAACUCAAGUACUCCAUAAGCAAUAGCAUGUUUUGUUGGAGGGUUCAUGUGCCAUGUGUAUAAAAUAUGCAGAAUGAUACUUUCAAUAAGAUCCUCUCUCGGGGCUGUUUCCAUCCUAAGAUCAAUACUUAGACUUGGAAAGAUACAUAUUUAUAGAUAUAUUCACAUAUUUAAAUCACGGCCAUAGCAUACAGACCUAGCUAAUAGAUCACCAAUUCUCUUAGCUGUCUCUUCUCUCUCCAUUCUAGAAUUCCACUCUACUGUUAGGCAAGUGCUCCACCCGCUGUACUAUCACUCCCGCUGUACCUAACACUCUUUCAAUUAGCAGAAAAGUACUGUAAUUCUGUUAAUCCACAUAUCUACCUCUCCACUUGUCAAUCGAAAGUCCCCAAACUAGGUUUCCCAAUGAAUUUUCUUAUAUUAUUCAUUUGUAUCAUUUUUGUAUUCAUCUUAGACUUCUCUAUGACUUAGCUUCCUUAUCAGUUAAGUUGGAGUAACAAUAAUAUCUAUUGCAAGGGUUGUGAGAAUUCUAAAGAGAAUAAUGCAAAGUUCUUAGCCCAGUUUGAUACAUAAUGCUCUGUAGCACUGUUGUCCUGUUGUUCAUCGAUUUGCUCAAGUGGGCACCAGUAACAUCUCCAUUGUGAGACUUGUUACUGUUUUUGGCAUAUUGAAUAUGCCACGGGUAGCUUGCCAGGUUCUGCCGUGCGGGUUGGAUACUCUUGGUAGCUUGCUGGGCUCUCUGAGAGGGAUGGAGGAAUCGAACCUGGGUUGGCCGUGUGCAAGACAAACGCCCUACCCGCUGUGCUAUCGCUCCAGUCCUUGAUAUAUCCCGUUGCUCAUUGAUUUGUUUGAGUGGGCACCAGUAACGUUUCUCAUUGUGAGACUUAUUGUUACUGUUUUUAGGCAUAUUCAAUAUGCCACAGGUAGCUUGCCAGGCUCUGCCGUGCAGGCACAAUACUCUCGGUAGCUUGCCGGGCUCUCCGAGAGGGGCGGAGGAAUCAAACACAGGUCGGCCGCAUGAAAGGUGAACGCCCUACUGCUGUGCUAUCGCUCCAGCCUGUCCUUGAUACAUAAUAGACAUAAAUAUUUACUAAGUAAAACAUUCCAGAUUACCCAAAGCAAUAAUAUUGGAGUGACUUUUUAUUUGCCACUCACAGUGUUAUGAUUUUUUAAGAAAUCAGAAAUUUACGCGAACC